GGGAGAGGGGGCGUAUUACAUAAUUAAUCCUUCCAACUUCACUUUCCGCAGCUCCAUCUCCAGCCCACUGUUCUCACGUUUCUGUUUUGUUUUUAUACGGAGGAGGUGAGAAAAUAAUGCUGGUGUGUGGGUGUGUGUUGCUCGAAGGAUUUCAAGGACCAGAACAGGAUUGCUGCUCUCUGAACAGUAUGAAAUUAUUUCCUCUGGGGGUGCCAAUGGAGACCUGAAGAAGAGAGGCUGGUGCAUGAGAGGGGAUGCGAUACACCACUCAAUACCCUUUUCUUUGGACCAGAGGUCUGUAAGGUUCUGUUGGAUGUGAGUCCAUUGUCUGGAGUUCUUUCUGGAGUACCAUGUUACAGGCAUUUGCUUAGCCCUAAGCAAGAUCUGAACCGAAUUCAACUGCGGGCUGGAUCGUAGCAGAAGGAGCAGGUUUGUUUUGAGAGCCAAUUUUGUUUCCUGAGACACGAUGCCUCUGACCGCUCCCUACAAGAGCUGCAGCUGCGCACAGUUACACACCUGUGAGCAGUGCUUACUCCAUGUCAAGGACUUUUCAACUUUCCAUGCUCUACCAGCAAGGAGGUGAACAUGAAGCUGUGGGGGAGCCUAGCUGGGACAACUGACACUAACUGGCCAACAGGAUAUUCCACACCACAGAAUGUCAUCCUUAGAAUAUAAACUGGGAGGAGCUGGACAGACAGAACUAAUUAGUGCCGAGAGACAGGCUGAGCAUCGCUCAGCAGGUGGAUACAGCAUGCUUGUAAGAAAGCUGUGCAGUAAUACCAGUUUAAAGGCCAACAGAAUUCAUGCACCACCUUGGAGGAGGCCCAGGCCUUGGACUUGUACUUCAACACAAAGGAAAAUUUCCCUCUGGACAGUGACACUGGGCAUAUCAGUCCUCCAGGACCCACAAAAAUUGAAUCAAGAAAUGGAGAAGAAGAGUAUUCUUAGCGUCUCAAGCUAUUCCAGCAUUUCCAAACAUAUGGCUUCUCUUUAAUGUCUCUAGAGAGAAUCCUGUGUCUUUCAGGAGCUAACAUGAUGUUGUUGGCAGCUGCUUGGAGAAUGAACAUGAUUAUUCAGCAAAGCAUUAAGCUUUAGAAAGCUUUGCAUCAUGACAGAAAUCCCCACUCCUGCAGAGAGGGAUUUCAGAAGAUCUCACUUUUUAUGUUUGCAGCAUUAUUGCUCAUCUACAUCACACUCAUAAACAUCAGAAUUGUACUGAAAUUCUUAUGUGGCAAAAGUGAGUCUGUAGAACAUUCCAAAGAUGAAGAAAAGCAUGGUUCAGUACAUAGGUUGCCUUCCCCACCUUUGCUGAAGACGAUGAUGACAAGAUUGUGGGAGGCUACACCUGCGCAGAGAACUCUGUGCCCUAUCAGGUGUCCCUGAAUUCUGGAUAUCACUUCUGUGGAGGUUCCCUCAUCAGCAGCCAGUGGGUCGUGUCAGCUGCUCACUGCUACAAAUCUCGCAUCCAAGUGCAGCUCGGGAAACACAACCUGGGGCUCACUGAAUCCACACAGCAGUUUAUCAACUC